CUAUGAUCCUAUCCUAUGUCGGUCCCGUCCCAGCUUAGUUAAAAGUUAAAACUCCAGAGUGGGUGGGCACUGGGCUUGUAAGCCAGCCACAUCUGUGCAAACUCUUGUGCCAUCUGAAUCUGAUCAUCUGCUUCCAUAUCCAUCAUAGAGCUUUCAUCGCCUCCACUGGAUCCGCCAUCUAAGCGAGUAGAAGAGAGCAGGUAGCUGAAUAGCUACAUACACAGACUGAAACAGUUGCAGUUAAACGACGUCGUCUCUCUCUCGCAUGGUCUGGUGUCGGUCUCUUUACUAGUAUUCAUUUGCACCCGCGGUCGGCAUCGGCAAAAUGGAGGUCGAGGGGCGGCCGCCUUGAUCGUUAAUUCGUGUUGCUUUGGAAUCUUCAAUGUUGAUGUGAAUGUGAAUGUGAAUAUGAUUGUUAGUCGGAAAUAUUGUUACUACCAGGAGAAUCGUGAUGCAAUUGACCUUCACCAUGUUCAAGUUGGGAGGAGGACUGGUGUUGGGGCUGGGCUCCUUCUAAGGCUGUGUCCAGCUCUUCUUAUUCUUCUUCUUCUACCACAUGCGUUGAAUAUCUUCCUGCUCAAGGACAAGUCGCUCAGUAUUCUAUUUUGUAGCUUCCUCUUUACUUCAUUCAUUGUCAUAUUGUUGAUUCGGAAGCCGGUCAAGAAAGAGUCUAUCGUAAUCCUGCCGGCUUUUGGAGUUCAACUCGAGACUCAUUAUUUAAGUGGAAAGGCUUUCCGCCGCUUUAUUCCCAUUGAAAAGAUUCUGAAACCUGUGCUGCUAGAAUGUGUGACACCGAUGACUUGUUACUGGAGCUUGGCUCUGAUUUUGCGUGGGGAAGAGGAACUGAUGUUGGUAUUCAAGGAAUUACGUCCACCAUUGAAGAUGUUGAUCCCCAUAUGGAAGGCCUUGAGCCAACUUCACUGAAGAAUGUUAUGAUAUUUUUUACAGAAGAUGGACAACAAUGUUGAGGGAUGUGAUGCACUGCUAUCAGGCAGUGAACCCUGUGGAAAAAUACAUGUUUUGGAAGAAAUGGAGGCGCAACCUACCUUCCCCAAAGCAUUCAAGUUUAACAACUCCAUUAGAGAGAGAUGGUAUGGCAAGUUCAAUCUGCUACAAUUAGCGGGAUGCAUUCUAGAGAAUGUAGAAUUUUUUCGUCACUUGACUGGCGUCUGACCAUCUUUACGUGUAUGGUGAGAGCGGAAUCAAAACAGGGCUCAAGUUGUUGGGAUUUGAUUUAAACAGGGAAAAGGAUAGACCCACCCGAGGGUCCGUCCAAAAACCUCUCAUAAACGAACGCCCUUCCAUGUUCUAAAUUAUAGUUCCAAUUUGUAUA